AUGGGCGGCGGCAACUUGCACCCGGGCCUCCCAGUCCCAAAUCCCACCACUUCAUACUGGCAAAUCCCACCUCACCGGAUCGCCGAGCACCGGACCACACCGGAGCUUCCAUCCGAUGCACUCGACUACGUCAUUAUCGGCUCCGGCAUCACGGGCGCCGCCGCAGCGUACAAGCUGUACGCCCGCGACCCUUCUGCAUCCAUCCUCAUGCUCGAAGCCCGGACCGCGGCCUCGGGCGCCUCGGGCCGCAACGGCGGGCUCUGCCGCGCCGGCUGGUGGCUCAACUACCAGCGCUACGCCCAGGCGUUUGGCGAGGACGAGGCGCUCAAGUUUGCGCGACUCGAGGAACAAAAUGUAGCAGACGUGGCCGCUUUUGUCCGCGAGCACCAGGUCGACUGCGACUUUGAGGACCUCGACACGGCCGACGUGUACCUGACGGAGGCGGCGUGGGCCGAGAUCAAGGCCGUCUUGGAGCUUCGCCGAGAGGUGCAACAGCGGAGACCGGACGACGCGCCCACCGGGUUGAAGGAGGUGUUUGAAGGCGAGGCGGCCAGUCGACGCGUCGGUAUUCCCAAUGUCGUCGGCGCCGUGACUUACCCAGCUCACACGCAGAACCCAUAUUUGCUCGUGUGUAAGAUGUUGGAGCUCAGUCUGGCCAAAGGUCUCAACUUGCAGACAAACACCCCCGUGCACGAGAUUAUCGAAUCGCCACGACGCGACGACCUUGCCUCUACAUGGACAGUCAAGACGAGUCGUGGUGAUGUCAAGACCAAACAAGUUAUUCUGGCCACCAAUGCUUUCACCAACAGCCUGCAUAUUGGUUUGGCUCGGACGGGCUUCAUGUGGCCCAGCCGGAGUCAAGUGACGGCCAUUCGACCAGGAAGCAAGGUCGCAGACAACCCAGCCAUGCACAUGAAUAUUUGCUUGAAUGAUGCGCAUUCCGGUGACUACUUCCAUACUCGUGCCCCUCAUCUUCGCGGCGCUGGCGAUAUUCUCUACGGAGGAGGUCGUUUCCUCUCACCGUCCAGGGAGAAAGGGGUCACUGAUGACUCCAAGGUCAACCCAAAGAUUGCAGAGUACCUCCGGCACGCCGCCGCCAAUUAUUUUGGCAGUGAGGCUUGGGGAGAGGAAGGUGCCCAUAUGAGGGACUGGUCCGGCAUUACAUGCUAUACACCUGAUACGUAUCCGCUUGUUGGAGAGGCUCCUGGCCAGAAGGGACUGUGGAUGUCAGUUGGCAUGAAUGGGCAUGGCAUGGCCAUGGCAUUCCGCAGUGCCGAGGCGCUUGUCCAUAUGAUUACAACCGGUGAAGAGCCCAGCUGGUUUCCAAAGACGUUCAGACUGGCCAGGGCUUGGUCAAAUUCGACCAUUGAUCUCAGGCAGAUGAAAGUAGACGAGGACAAGGCGUCAUAUGCAUCAACCACGACUGAGAAGAAAGUACAGAUCUAG